AAUCAAACAGCCCUGUAUUCGCGUGGUCUACCUCGUGCUCCGCUUGGUGUCUUGGUCAGUUGGUCUACCCCCGGUUUCCUCCCAUCCCAAUCCCAAAUCACUAUUGAAGAUUACCGAAGCGGCUGGUUUCCCUCCCUCCAGCUCCAGAUUCCGGAGCCAAUCGCCACCCCACCCAAGCUCCAGCCGUUCCAUUUCCUCCGCGGUUAGAUCUUGUUCCCCGGUAAUAGGUGUCCGCCCUGUUUUGUUUUUUCUUCAUGGGAAGCAGUAAUCAGGAACCGGGGGUGAGCCUCCGGACGGAUGGCUGGCUGCCGAAGCCUGUCGAUAGCCUCAUGCAGAUCCCGGAUAAGAUUCAGAGCUCUCUCAAGCUGCAUUUUGGGCGUUUCUUGAAGAUGGGCGGUGUUGGUGGUAUCAAGGCUCAAAUGCCAUCAGAGAAGGUGAGGGGAUCAUGCAGUACUGCUGCUACUGCGGGGAUUUGCUUGGAGAGGCAACUCCAGGCUUGGAGGGAUGAUUCUAGCUGGACUGAUCAGCCUCCAGAAAUCAAGGUGACUGUGCCACAAGGUUCUCUUUGCAAUCUUAAUCUGAGAUUUAAGGCAGGACUACCACCGGACGCAGUUUACAACAUCAUAAUUGAUCCGGAGAACAGAAGAGUGUUUAAAAAUAUCAAGCUAACAAUCCAAGGAAUUGCUCUGAAGAAGAAAAUAAGUCUGUUGCCCUACCCAAGAGCAAGAAACUCAUGCACAAGAUAUUAUUCUGCUUUUCAGGAAGUGGUAUCGCGGAAAGUUUUGUUGGAUGAAGGACUAAGGCAGGUAGUUGAAGUGGAGCAGGCAGCGAUAUGGAAAUUCCUCUGGUGGUCCGGCAUCUUGUCAGUCCAUGUUUUUGUUGACCAAAACAGAAAAGAUCACACUGUGAAGUUCAAACAAGGCCGAAGUGGUUUUAUGAAGAAGUUUGAGGGUUCCUGGAAAAUAGAACCCCUAUUUGUUGACAAGGAAGCAUGCCUUCCUCUUGAUCCACCUACUCUAGAAGAGUAUGAUUCUUGUACUGUGGGCAGAGGACGAGUUGGAUCUGUCAUUACCUUGGAUCAGCUUAUUGAGCCUGCUCUCUUACCCCCACAACCCAUUGCAUGGUAUGUGAGAGGGAUCACCGCACGGACGACUGAGAUGCUGGUCAAUGACCUGAUAGCUGAAACUGGUCGGCUGCGAGGCCUGGCAAAAAAUGCAGAUGAGAAGCAGCAUAUUGAAGAAAACAGCAAUGUUAAUAAAUGCCUCCUUACGGGAGGCUGUGGCGAUGUUAAGGAAAGAUGGCGACAGAGAAGAAAAAUUGGACGACAUGGAAGUUCCCUUAGACCGACGAGACAAUAAAUGCAAGAUAGACUAUUAAGUUUGAUCGGCUUAGGCUGGACCCAGUUGUACAGCCUAGUGUAUGUUGCAGUUGUGUUGUGAUGGUGUAGAAUUCCUUGAAAGAAUUGACGAUGAUUUGUCUGAGAUGACCAACGCCAUAAUGUUUACCAUUUUGUCAUUGUUUGA